UUUGUAUUGUUGUAUAAUAUUGUAUGACCCACAAAUCAACACGUCUCUCUUUGAAUGAAAGAAGAAGCAACUGGAAAUUAUGGAAAGGGAAAGAGAAAGGGUGAAGAAAGUGGAACUCAUACAGAAAGCAAUCAACCAAUUAAUAAAUCAUGAACAACUCCAAUCAAAAACAUGUCAUCUUCUUGAUGACAGCUUCGUUGCCGUUGAUGAUGAUGAAGAAACCGACCACCGCCACCAACUCCUCUCACAACUUUUAACUCAGCUGGAUUCACUAAAAGAAGAAUCUCAAUUUGAUCAAAUGAAUGAAUCAACCAACUUACAAGAAGCACCAGUUGAACUUGAAGCUGAAGAAGAAGAAGAAAAGGUUGUGAAAGAGCUAAGGAAGAUACAGAAGCAGAAUUUUAUCACUCAAUGUCUUUUAUCAGCCAUGAUUGUCCUCACCUUGACAUGGCAACUAUCUGAGGUUUCUAUCAUUUUGAAAAUGAAAGAUGGAUUAAAUCAUCCCUUUAGAUCCAUUACUAGUAUGCUUACGGGCUGGAUUAAAGGCCCUCCACCUGUAUUAAAUGGUCGAGACGACGAUCUAAACAACUCUGCAAAACAUCUUAAACAUCAAGUUGAAGCCAUGUCUCUCCCAAAGCUAAAAGUUCCGGAGCUUCCACAUAUGGAGUUGCCAUCUUUCGACUUCAUCAAUGAAGAAGACUAGCAUUUUCCAUUCUGUUUUUACACAAGUAUUUCAAAACACAACAACUCAUGCAUGUAAUAUUGUAAAACGUAAGAAUAAUAUAAGGUGGUAUUAUUAGGA